UUAUCAAACAUCAACGGGGUACGCGUACGACCGCGCACAGUUAUACGAUUAACCGUGUUUUCAUUCCGUGAACUGUUUCAAGUGCGAAAUCGUGUCUUCUCGAUGUUGAAAAAGUCUUUCUGCACGGCCAUGUUUGUCGAGACAAGCGUUUCUCACCCGAAAUUUGCGUCGUUUCAUCCCGAUGAUAUCGCGUCCCGUGUGCUAUCCAGUGGGCCUUCUCUUCGUAUCGCACGUCUGCAUUUGCCGCGUGUUAAGAAUCACGAAUACACGAGGUUAAUCAUGUCGCCGAGAACAGGAUGCAACAUCCUUUGGAAGCGAUUUGUGACCGAUAGAAGCAACAGGAAAAAUUUACAAUGGAGCAACUGGGAGAGGGUCAAGCAGUUGUGGUUGGUAGUGCCGGUGGAACUGUCCAAGUUGUUCAAAUGGGACAGGGUGGACAGGCUAUGAUGUUACCACAAGCUAUUCAAGUGGCUGCACCAAAUGGACAAAUACAAGUAGUUCCAGUGUCUAGUUUAACUGGUACAGGUCAACAGAUUGUAAUUCAACAACCUCAAACACCGCAAAUUAUUCAAACCCCAGAUGGACAAACGUACAUUUAUCAACCAGUUCAAUUGGAAGGUCAAGUUCAACAAGCGCAACCAACAGUAAUCAAUAUCAAUGGAAAUCUUAUGCAAAUUGCUGGAACAACAUCGCAAACAGCCACAACUGCUGCAGCUACAACUCCGGUACAACCUCUGGCAAGUCCUACUGCAACAGCAACUCAGGCAGGAAAUGUUGUCAUGAUGGUACCAGGUAAUAGUGGACAGGCGCAAUUUCAGAGGGUAGCAUUACCUAAUGCCGAAGUUUUUGAAGAAGAACCUUUGUAUGUGAAUGCUAAACAAUAUAGACGUAUAUUAAAACGACGUCAAGCUCGUGCUAAAUUAGAAGCGGAAGGAAAAAUUCCUAAGGAAAGACCAAAAUACCUCCACGAAUCUCGUCAUCGACACGCAAUGAAUAGAAUUCGUGGUGAAGGUGGUCGUUUUCAUUCUGGUCAAGUAAAGAAGCGAAAUAGAACAAACGAAAACUCCAAGAUUACCCAGCACAUCACAACAUCGACCAACACCAAUACCGUUCGUACUAUAGCAAUAGCAGCAGCAACAAAUGUAGGUGUACAGUAUCACGACACAGACAACAUGGCUUCGACCAUUGUCAUUGAAAAGCCUGGUAUUCCUCUUCAAGAUAUGAUUUCUGAAGAUGAUAUAAUUACCUCAAACAAUUGUUUAGUGUAGAUAAAUAUUUAAAUGAACUUUAGAGGUGACAAGCGGUAAAAUAAUAAGUAAAAAAAGAAAGUGUGUCAGUGAUCAAAUCCUACAUGUAUUUGUGUUAAUCUUUAAUGAACAUUUUGUAAAUAAUCAUCUCAUGAGAUAUAGUGCAAGUAAAUAUUUUGCGAACACGAAGCUGUAAAGAAUCGUCAGAAUUGUACAUAUUACUAUUGUGAAAGUGUUUACAUCUUAUAUUUUUUUAAUUUUCCUUCGCGUACCAUAACAUAAAUUCGAUAACUAACAUUAUUGCAUAAUAUGUUGCGGUACAAUGAAAAACUAGAUUGAAGAUGAAACAUUUCACAUUGUAAUAUUUUGGUAAAGGAAAGACGAUUAUAUGUUGUAGGUUAUAGUUAUAAUUAAUUUCAAAUAUUUCAUGUGUACAUAAAAAGAACCUACAGUGUAACAUAUCGAUUGUGCGGCUACAAAUUGUAAAUUUUUAUAUAAAUCGUAUUGUUACAUUUA